UUGCUCGCCGUUGCGCAGCUAGUGGAAUUCGCGUCAGUCGCGCGUCGGCUCGACACUCACUCUCCGCUUCGCUUCUCUUCUCAUUCACUCCGCGUCGGCGACGCGCCCCCCUCGGAAGCGGCCCUUACGCGCGCCGGCUGAAUUCGGCCUCGGGGCUUUCCGUCUCGGGGUUUUCUGCUGUCCGAUGGGCCACGACCGGGAGUCCCAGACGCACCUGCUCGGCAACCGGAUCGCCGGCGAAACAGUGUGAUGCGCGGGAGCUUGUAAUGGCAUAUCUCGCGGCGCGGAACGGCGAGUUCGCACGAGACGCCAAUGUCGGCACGCGGAUAAACGCGAGGCAGCAGCACGUCGGUCUGAUCGCAAGUAUGCGGGAUGCCGUAGCGAGACGCGACGUUAGCUUGUCAGCGAGUCACCGUAAGCGGGUGACAUUCUGAUACAGGCCGACAGGAUCGAUGCCCGUCGUCGAGCGGAGCCUGUGACGCGUGACUCGUGGAUACGAACUGGCUCCGUAAGCGGCUCGAACCGCAGCUUCCGCUCUCGGAAUCAGGAGAUAAUCGGAGGGUGCUUCGUCGUCUGAUACAAGCCGGAAGAAGGGAAAAGUACUUUCCCCACCACGGAAGAGACCGGGAGGAGGCAGACGUGAUCCGCGUCGGGCUUGAACGAUUUCCAUCAUUCACCGAUUAAGCCCUGAGCCCCGAGUGCAUCCCAAAGUGUAAACAAUUUCGAUAGCCUUAAUUGGGCUUAGCGCGCGCUGGUGCAACGAGUCGCGACGGCCAACUUGCCGGAGACUUCCCGAGCAACCGAGCGCGAGCGCGCGCGCUCGCGCGCGCGCCUACCGUCGAUCCUUGAGUGAGUAUUUCGGCGGCGAACCGUGACAGUCUCCGCAAGUGGGUUCUCUAAUCGGGAUCGAAGUGAACACCCUGUCGUGCAGCACACCGUCGCAGCAGCGAGCAGGCAGCAACGAGAGCACACGUACGCGCGACGCCGCCGUCUCUCCCGGCUCGACACGAAGCGGCCCGCUUCGGCGAACGCGCGCCGACCAAGAGAAAGAAGAAGAGCAAAGAGGAAAAGAGAGAGAGAGAGAGAGAGAGAGCGGGGUCGGUCGUGUGAUGAACAAGAGACAGCGGAGCGGUACCGAGCGCAGGCAACGAGUUCGUUAAAGAUGCGUGGCCUCGUCGGUGGUCUCGAGGUUCCCGGGAGAUUGCUGCUGCUGUCAUUGGCCGCCUAUUACUGCCUGCUGCCAGUGUGCCAGCACCACGUGUUCGCGGUGACCAGCGAGCUGCCGCCGCGAUUGGACCUGCCGGAGCAUUGCUCGUGGGAUUCGCGGCAGGAUGGCGCGCUCACCUGCGUGCACCGGCACGCGGGGGGCAACGACUCGCUGCGGACCAACUUCUCGCAGGUGACGAGCGAGUACGUGACCGCGAUGAACGUCGUCUGCGAGGACUCCGAUCUCGGCGACGAGAACGGGCUCCUAAGCGUCGACGGCUUCCUGCACCUGUGGCGACUGCGCUCGCUCAAGCUCACCGGCUGCAAACUGAUGCAUUGGCCAGCGAAGCUGCUGAGCGGUCUGCGGGAUCUUCGUAACCUGACCGUGCGGACGCUGAACGGGCGCAAGACCAAGUACAGCCUGGAGCUGGAGAGCGGAGCCUUCGACGGCACACCGCAGAUUGAGAAACUCGAUCUGUCGUGGAACAACAUCUGGCAGAUACCGGACCGCUUGUUUUGCUCCUUGUCAAACUUGGUGACUCUCAAUAUCUCGUGGAACACGCUAAAGGACAUCUCCGAGCUCGGCUUUCGCGACGACGGCGGCGGCGGCGGCGGCGAGAAGCCGCCGCCGCGACGUCAACAGGAAUCAACGUCGGCGCCGCUCUCGUGCUCGUUGGACGUGCAGUCGUUGGACGUGUCGAACAAUCAGAUCUCCGUGCUGUCGAGCUACGGAUUCUCGUCGCUCAAGCGUCUGCGGGUAUUGAAUUUAUCCGGCAACGCGAUCUCCAUGGUAGCCGACGAGGCACUGCGCGGGUUGAGGUCCCUGGAGAGCCUCGACCUGUCGGCCAACAGGAUCGUCGCGCUGCCGACGGAAAUGUUCCGCGACGCCGCCAAGUCGCUGAAGGAGCUAAGAUUGCAGAACAAUUCCAUCAGCGUACUGUCGCCCGGUCUGGUGGCCGACAUGAAUCAACUGGUCGCCCUCGACCUGUCGCGCAACGUCUUGACCAGCCAGUGGAUGAAUUCGGCGACGUUCUCCGGUCUGAUACGGCUGGUGCUGCUGAAUCUCUCUCACAAUCGCAUCGACAAACUCGACCCGGCGCUCUUCAAGGAUCUCUACACUCUGCAGAUCCUGAAUCUCCAGUUCAACGAGAUCGAAACGAUCCCGGCCGACACGUUCUCGCCGAUGAGCAACCUGCACACCCUCGAAUUGGCGCACAAUCGUCUGGCCUAUCUGGACGCGUACUCCCUCAACGGGCUGUUCGCCCUGUCGUUGCUGGCCCUGGACUCGAACCUGCUCGAGGGCAUUCAUCCCGACGCCUUUCGCAACUGUUCGAGCAUGCAGGACCUGAAUCUGUCCGGCAACAACCUCGACAGCGUGCCGGUCGCGCUGAAGGACAUGAGGAUACUGCGGACUCUCGACCUCGGCGAGAAUCAGAUCAAGAGCCUCGGUAAGCACGGCUUCCGCGGCAUGUCGAGCCUCUACGGGCUGCGUAUGAUGGGCAACGAGAUCACCAACGUCACGCAGGAGGACCUCGCGGAGCUGCCGGCGCUGCAGAUCCUGAAUCUCGCGCGGAACCGCAUCGAGUACGUGGAGGACGGCGCGUUCUCCGCGAACCCAGCCUUACAGGCGAUACGACUGGACUCGAAUCUCCUGCAAGACAUGUCGAGCAUCUUCGCGAGCACUCCCGACCUCCUGUGGCUGAACAUGUCCGACAACAUGAUCGCGCAGUUCAAUUACAGCUACCUGCCCGAGAAGUUGCAGUGGAUGGACCUGCACAAGAAUCUCGUCAGCGACCUCGGCGUCGCACCGCGGACCCUGAAGCUGCAGACCCUCGACGUGUCGUUCAACCGGCUCACGCGGAUACACUCGCGCUCGAUCCCGGACUCCAUCGAGCUGCUGUUCGUCAACGACAAUAAUAUACAGUCCGUGGAGCCCAAGACGUUCUUCGACAAGAUUAAUCUCACCCGGGUCGACCUCUACGCGAACAUGAUCGUCAAGAUGAACCUGUCGGCCCUCCAGCUCGGGCAGGUGCCGGCCAGCCGGCAGUUGCCCGAGUUCUACAUCGGCGGCAACCCCUUCAUAUGCGACUGCACCACCGAGUGGCUGCAGAGGAUCAAUUCGUUGACGCUGCGGCAGCAUCCGCGGGUGAUGGACCUCGAGUCGGUCUACUGCAGGCUGCCGUACGACCGGCACAAGUCCUUCAUACCACUGCUCGAGGCGAAACCGUCGCAGUUCCUCUGCACCUACAAGGCCCAUUGCUUCGCGCUCUGCCACUGCUGCGACUUCGACGCAUGCGACUGCGAGAUGACCUGUCCGAGCAACUGCACGUGCUACCACGACCAGUCCUGGUCGGCCAACGUGGUCGACUGCUCGAGCUCCGGCUACAAGAGCCUGCCGGGCCGCUUGCCGAUGGACGCGACCGAGGUCUACCUAGACGGCAACAACUUUGGCGAGCUCAACUCGCACUCGUUCAUCGGCCGAAAGAACAUGCGGAUCCUCUACGCGAACGACAGCAAUAUCAUCGCGGUGCGCAACCACACGUUCAGCGGGCUCAAGCGGCUGCUGGUGCUCCACCUGGAGAACAACAAGAUCGCCGUGCUGAACGGCGUCGAGCUGAUGCCGCUGGAGAACCUCAAGGAGCUCUACCUGCAGAACAAUCUGCUCACGUACAUCGACAAUGGCACGUUCCUGCCGCUGCGUCAGCUCGAGGUGCUGCGCAUGGAGAACAAUCGCCUCGGCAUCUUCGCCCUCUGGCAGCUCGAGCAGAAUCCAUAUCUUAUCGACAUCGGUCUCUCCAGCAACCCGUGGAGCUGCGAGUGCUCGUACCUGGACCGCGUGCGCGAGUGGAUGUCCCGCAACCGGCUCAAGAUCAACGACUGGCGCAGCGUCACCUGCUCCCUCGGCGUGCCCAUAACUCUGCCGGCGAACGGCUCGGCCAUCAAUUGCGCCGCGUUAACCGGCACGACCUCCGCCGUGGAGAAGCGGCCGAUCGAGGCGUACCUCGUGCUGAUGCUCGCCACCGGCCUGCUCAUCUUUGUCACGGUCGCGGUGAUGUGCGCCGUGUUCCGCCACCGGCGUAUCCUCCGGACCUGGGCCGCGAGCAGGUGCGGCCUGCGCGCCUGCUACAAGACCGCCGCGUUCGAGGACCAGGAGAAGCCCUUCGACGCAUACAUCUCGUACUCCGCGGUCGACGAGGCCUUCGUCUCGGCGAUCCUCGUGCCCAGCCUCGAGAACUCGUACAGGCUGUGCCUGCAUUACCGCGACCUCGGCGCCGGCAGCAACGUCGCCGACGCCGUCGCCGAAGCGGCCGACUCCUCCAGACGCACGAUUCUCGUACUGUCCAAGAACUUUCUGCACGGCGAGUGGGCCAGGUUCGAGUUCAAGGCGGCCCUGAGGGACGCUCUCAAGGGCAGGGGCCGUUCGGUGAUCUUGCUGUUGGUGGGCGGUGUGUGCCCGCGCGAUCUCGACGCCGAUCUCAAGAAGCGGAUCUCGUCGCACACCGUGCUCGUGUGGGGGGACAAGUUGUUCUGGCAGAAGCUGAGGUUCGCCAUGCCGGAGGUGUCCCCCCUGCCUGUUCUCGAGAGGCCCUUGCCGCUGCCGCCGCCGCCGCCGCCCCCGGGGCAUCAAUGGACGUAGAGCUGCCGUUACUUAGAUGUGAACUGUUCCCAAAAGUAUUAUUGAAUCGCGUUACGUAUGGUGUAAUUGGAAAUCGCAGCGAGGAAGGGCUCCUGACCCCUAACCGCGACUUUUCUCCUCUACUUAUUAUCAGAAGCAUCUCUUACUAUCGCAAGUGUACCCGUAACACGGUGUCCGAAUAAGUAAGCGGUUAUUCGUAUUUUUCGAGAAUCGUGAUAGCUUCGUAGUGUGCAACAUGUAAUUAGGGCAAGCAAGAGAAAAAGACAAAAAAAAAAAGAGAACAAUGGAGCAUACUACCUGUAACUCGUAAUUGCAACGAAGUAACGUUUUUUCUCCCCUCUUUCUACUCGACGAUAGUUUUAAUCGCAAUGAUCGAUUCAUUAAAAGGAAAAAGGAAAAAAAAGAUAAAAAAUAAAGUUCUUCGGUAACUCUCUUGUUUAAUCGAAGCGGAGAUCGAUGUACAUAUAGCGAGAGUUUUGUAUAUUUGUAAAAUAGAUA